CUCACACACACACUUUUCCCUUCGGGAUGAAGCUUCUGCAGCCCGUGCGCGGAGCAAACGGAUUACACACAUACUUCACUAACGCACAAAUGGCGGCAACGAAUUUAUUACGAUUGUCGUAUUUGUCAUUCUGGAUUUUAAGUGCUGUUUCUACCUCACGGAUAUACCCUCCAAACGAAGUGACGCUACUAGACACAAGGACCGUCCCUGGAGAGCUGAAGUGGCUAGCCAGCCCCACAGAGGGAGGGUGGGAGGAAGUCAGUAUCAUGGAUGAGAAGAACGUUCCUAUCAGAACCUACCAGGUGUGCAACGUGUUAGAACCCAGUCAGAACAACUGGUUGAGGACGGACUGGAUCCCCAGGUCUGGAGCCCAGAGGGUCUAUGUGGAGGUCAAGUUCACCCUCCGGGACUGCAACAGCCUGCCUGGGGUCACCGGCACCUGCAAGGAAACGUUUAACCUGUACUCCCACGAGUCCAAUGAUGCCAAGCAGGACUACAUCAGAGAAAGCAGCUUCACCAAGAUAGACACAGUGGCCGCUGACGAGAGUUUUACCCAGGUGGACGUAGGCGACCGCGUCAUGAAGCUGAACACGGAGGUGCGUGACGUCAAGGUCACCACCAGGAAGGGCUUCUACCUGGCCUUCCAGGACGUGGGCGCCUGCAUCGCCCUGGUCUCUGUCCGGGUCUUCUAUAAGACUUGUCCACUCACCGUCCGGAACCUGGCAACCUUCCCGGAUACCGUCACUGGGGCCGACACCUCCUCUCUGGUGGAGGUCAGGGGGUCGUGUGUAAACCAAUCCGAGGAGAGGGAAGAGCCUAAGAUGUAUUGCGGCGCCGACGGAGAAUGGCUGGUUCCUAUUGGUGGGUGUGCUUGUGACCCUGGAUACGAAGAGAAAGGUGGAGCCUGUCAAGCAUGUGAAGUGGGUUUCUACCGAGGGUUGUCCUCAGAGGGGGGGUGUUCUAAGUGCCCUCCCCACAGCCAGUCUCUCAGGGAGGCUGCCACCAUCUGUGAGUGCCAGCCAGGUCACUACCGCUCAGACACAGACCCUGCAUCCAUGCCCUGCACACAACCCCCUUCGGCCCCGCAGCAGCUGAUCUCUGUGGUGAACGAGACCUCUGUGGUCCUGGAGUGGAGCGCCCCUCGCUGGCUGGGAGGGAGAACUGACAUCAGAUACAGCGUGGACUGCCUGAUCUGUGGCAGUGAGAGUCAAACCGGGAGUCCCAGUGGCAACCACACUCUGACUGAGCCUUUGGGCUCGUGGACUGGACCUGGAGGUCAGUCCCCUCUGGGAUCUGUAGUCCAACCUGGAUCUGAAGAGGCUGGAGAACCCUCUGGAUCUGUGUCUCCAGGUGUUGGGCUCCAGUUCUGCCUGCCCUGUGGUCCGGAUGUCGUCUUCUUGCCCCAGCAGAUGGAUCUGAGCACCAGUAGAGUGUGUGUGAGCGAGCUCAGGUCGCACACGCGCUAUACCUUCACUAUACACGCACGCAACGGGGUCUCCCAGCCCCACAGCGUAGGGGCGGCCAAGAGCGUGUCUGUGACUGUCACCACAAAUCAGGCUGCUCCUUCACUUAUCACGUCCGUCCAAGCCAGUGACGUCACCAGGCACAGUUUGACAUUGUUCUGGCAACAGCCAGACCGACCCAACGGGGUCAUCCUGGAGUAUGAAGUCAAGUACUACGAGAAGGAUCAGAAAGAGAGGUCCUAUCGCAUCAUGAGGACGCUGUCUCGCACUGCUGACAUCACGGGCCUCAACACUCUCACCGUGUACGUGUUUCAUGUGCGCGCUCGGACGGCAGCCGGAUACGGAGAGUUCAGCGCUCCGUUUGAGUUCUCAACUAACUCAGAUCCUUUCCCUCUGAUUGGAGAGGGAGUUAACCCAGCCCUCCUGCUGCUGUCAAUCAGCGGGGUUGGAAUUGUACUGCUGAUCUCUUCUACAGUCUUCAUCAUUGGCCGCAGGAGGAGUAAGUACAGCAAAGCCAAGCAGGACUCAGAGGAGGAGAAACACCUCAACCCAGGAGUGAAGAUCUACAUAGACCCGUUCACCUAUGAGGAUCCUAACCUAGCUGUCCAUGAGUUUGCCAAGGAGAUUGAUGCCUCUAACAUCCACAUAGAGAGAGUCAUUGGCAUGGGAGAGUUUGGGGAGGUGUGCAGUGGUCGUCUGCGUCUCCAGGGGAAGAGGGAGAUCUACGUGGCCAUCAAGAGUCUGAAGGCGGGCUACUCUGACAAACAGAGGCGGGACUUCCUGUCUGAGGCCAGCAUCAUGGGACAGUUUGACCACCCAAACAUCAUCAGGCUGGAGGGCGUGGUCACUCGAUGCAAACCAGUGAUGAUCAUCACAGAGUACAUGGAGAAUGGAUCUCUUGAUUGCUUCCUUAGGAAACAUGACGGCCAGUUCACGGUGAUCCAGCUGGUGGGCAUGCUGCGUGGCAUGGCCUCUGGCAUGAAGUACCUGUCAGACAUGGGCUACGUUCACCGAGACCUGGCAGCACGCAACAUCCUGGUCAACAGCAACCUGGUGUGUAAGGUGUCUGACUUCGGCCUGUCCAGAGUCCUGGAGGACGACCCAGAGGCUGCAUACACCACACGGGAGCUGACUGGGACGUACCAUUCUCCGGGGGGGAAGAUCCCUAUCAGAUGGACUGCUCCAGAAGCCAUCACCUACAGGAAGUUCAGCCCAGCCAGUGACAUAUGGAGCUACGGCAUUGUCAUGUGGGAGGUGGUGUCCUAUGGGGAGAGGCCCUACUGGGACAUGAACAACCAGGACGUGAUCAAAGCUAUCGAAGAGGGCUACCGUCUGCCGCCCCCUAUGGACUGCCCAGUGUGUCUGCACCAGCUCAUGUUAGACUGCUGGCAGAGGGAGAGAUCAGAGAGGCCUAGCUUCAGCCAGAUCCUCAACAUGCUGGACAAACUCAUACGCAACCCAGGGACUCUGAGACGGACAGGCUCUGAGAGACCCAUUCCCACUCUGCUGGGGCCAGUGGGCUCUGAGGUGUGUGUGUCCGUGCUUCCGGAGGUGUGUGUGGCGGAGUGGUCAGUGUUGGAGUGGCUGCAGGCUAUUGGCAUGGAGGGGUAUUGGGAGAGUCUGGUAGCAGCAGGAUACAGCAGGCCAGCCAGCCUGCUGGGCCUCACACACCAGGACAUGGCCAGGGCAGGAAUCCUGACAGCAUCACACCAGGACUUGAUUCUGGCUAGUUUGCAACAGGAAAUGCUGUCCCAGAUGCAACAAGUGCAGGAUGGGAUGGUUCCAGUGUGAGCCUGGUGUGCACACACACACCCACACACACACUUAAGACUUCUGGUGUGGAGGGAGUUCCAUUGGAAGGAAGCAAAAUGAGCCACAGAACAGACAGGAGAGAGACGGAGAAAGGGAAGAUGGAAGAAACGCACUUUUAUACACCGUCACACAUGAGGUGGUGGACACAGACAGCACAAGCUGCUGGACAGAACUAAAGAACUACAUUCGUUUCUGUGGCGUCCGUGUGACUUUAAUGUGAUUUUUUUCAUUGCUGUAUAGUCUUGACUAUUCUGAAUGUCCAACGGUCAAUGCCAUUUUAGUCAUUAUUCUUCCUGCUUGUUGAAAUAUUAAGCUCUUACAGAAAUUCACUGUAUUGUUCAGAGUUAGUAUUUUGUGACAUAUGGCUACCAAAGUCCUGGUGUCCUUCAGACGUCCUCUUGUCCUGCUCAUUAUCCCAUUCAGUCAUUAUUACAAGAAGAACUACAUCUCCCAUGAGCACUCGAGAACUCCAGGAUGUCACAUUACAGUAGAUGCAGUUUUUUGGUGCAGCUAAUGUCUUUUUUCUUAAAGGGCUGUUUUCACUUCUGUUGGAGCUGAAGGAGUGUAAUACUCAUGCAUGACUGAAAGUGUGUGUGUGUGUGUGUGUGUGUGUGUGUGUGUGUGUGUGUGUGUGUGUGUGUGUGUGUGUGUGUGUGUGUGUGUGUGUGUGUGUGUGUGCGCGCGCGUGUGCGUAUGAGCGAGCAAGACAGUGUUUGAUGAACUGAUCUGUCAGCCUUUGAAUAUUUUUUAUAUGCAAAGAUACAAUUCUGAAAGAGGGAGGAAUCCAGGUGAAUGUAUCAUUCUCAGCUUGUACAGUGUGUCUGAUCUGAAACUACAUGAACAUGCUAACAUUGUAUAAAUGGUCUUGUUUUAUUUAGCUCUGCCUAGAGAUAUAGAUCAGCAGCAGCUUAUCUGUAAUGUUAGCAUUUUCAAACACAUUUCACUAUAUGAAGGAAUUAAUUAAUUUAUGCUCUUUUUUUUACUCUAUUUAGACUGUACAUUGUAAAAUAGAAACUUGAAAGAUGUUGAUGUUGAAAGAUGCGUGGAUUUGAAUAAAUGCCCUAAAUACACA